AUGGCAUCCCAGACUACUGGCAAUAGAUACCUGAACAAGCAUGACUCGCCCAACUCGAUCCACGUUGCUGAUGUCGCGAGCACAAGCAUCGUCGAUGAGGCCAUCAAGCCACAGGUCGACGCCAACCAUAUUGACACCGGUCUCGAUGCCUAUACCCAGGCAUUGGAGCUUGACCCGGAGCACCUGGAACGGCUUGCAAAGCGAGUACGACGAAAGCUGGAUUUCAUCCUCCUCCCGCUGAUGGUUUCCAUCUUUAUAACCGCCUACCUCAAAAAGGCGUCCCUGAACUACGCCAAUGCGUUCAGCUUGCAAGAAGACCUGGGUCUCAAGGGACGACAGUAUUCCUGGACGGUUGCCAUCGGCGGCUUGGGACUCAUGAUCGGAUCUUAUCCUGCCAGUGUGGCGGUCCAGAAGCUGCCCGUCGGCAAACUGAUUUCCUGCUUGCUGUUCAGCUGGGGUCUCUUCUCCAUGGUCCUGGCUGCUGCAAAGAACUUUGGGACCAUCUUCACCGUGAGAUCCUCCUGGGCAUUUCCGAGUCCGGCAUCGGCCCGGCCUGGAUCGUACUCACCAGCAUCUUCUGGACUCGCGACGAACAGCCACUGCGGAUGUAUCGCCGUGGGACUUGGUAGCGUCACAAACACGGCUAUUCGCUCGUGGCAACUCAUUUUCCUGGUCGUUGGAUCGAUCGCCGUCGUUCUUAGUAUGAUCGGCUUCUUCUUUUUGCCAUCCGGACCCGGUGACGCAAAAUUCCUGACUCGAGAAGAAAAGCUUGCCGCGGUUUGGCGCAUUGCGAGGAACCAGACUGGCAUCAAGCAUGGCAAGGUUCUCAAGUAUCAAAUCUACGAAGCGCUGCGGGACUUCCGGGUCUGGUGUCUCCUCGUGCAACAGUUCACCAUUGGUAUGGCCAACGGUGCCCUCACUGGCUAUUUUAGCGCAUUCCUUCGAGGGUUCGGGUGGUCGCCCAUUGAAUCCGUCAGGUAUCAGCUGCCUAUUGGCGCGGUUCAGCUGUUUGCAACCAUCGUUGCAGGCUAUCUUGCCUCACGCUCCCGCAAUCGCACGAUCAUCAUCAUACUGGUGCUCGCCAUCUUUGCCAUUGUGGCCAUGGUCGGAUUUUCCACCAUUCCGGCAGAUCAGAAGAUGGCGCUCACGUCAUGCACUUGGAUCGUGUCGGCGUACGGAGGUGCGAUUGUGCUCAACUGGGCGAUCGUGGCGGCCAACUUUGCCGGCCACACCAAACGCGCCACCGUCAACGGCAUCAACUUCGUCGCCUUCUGGAUCGGAAACUUCGCGGGACCUUUUGUUUUUGACCUCAAGGAGGCACCACGCUACCCAUCGGCGACGAUUGUUCUGGGCGUGAUGAUUGGCGUAGGCUGGGUGGCCACGGCCGCCACGGGCCUCUGGAUGUGGAACGCGAACAGGAGGCGUGAUGCUAAAGCCGCGGCGGGCGACCACACCUACGAUCCUUGGCAAGGCAAUAUCGAUGGGUUCACAGACCGCACCGACAAGGAGAACAAGUCUUUCAGGUACCGCUACUGA